CUUGCGUAAACAAUUUUUGGUCAGUGAAGCGGAAUGAAAACAAUUUUCUCACAAACGCAAAUUUCGCUCCGGUGCCUGUGAAAAUGUCGAAACAAUUUGUGGGCUUUUCCGACGACGACAUCUACAAGAUCACGCGUCAAACCAACGGAAAGGAUGCCGGAAAGAACAUUUCGCGCCCACACGCAGUCCGGCUGGGGAAGGCCAAACCGGUGGUCCAGGUGGCAACCGUUGCCAGUGCUAGGGAGCAUGUGCAGACCAACGACGCGGACAGCAGCACGGCCACCAGUUGCGUCGACUCGAGCAUCUAUCCGAACCAUCCGAUUCAACAGGCGGUCGCGUUCAAGCCACUUCCGGCGAUGAUGCACGCCCCGGAGGACGAGUCCAUUCUGAUUCUGACAAACCAACAGCAGCAACAGCAACAAGCGAUGGCCACCGCGGGGAAUGUACUCUGCUCGAUUGAGAAGCCAAGGUCGGGUGGAAUUUCGACUUCAACGCCGGCGGUGGUCGUGCAGGAAUCUGUUACUCCGUUCAAGGGAAUGUCGCUGAAGGAUUUUGAACAGCAACGGAGGCUGAUGCAGGAACAGAACCGGCAGAAGCGGGACAUUUUGCAAAAGGCGAUUGAUCAGCACACUCAAAAAACGGCAGCUGAAGCGAAUAAACUGCAGGACAUAAAAUCCGAACUGGCCAAGCUGGAUUCCGAUUUGGCCAGUGAUGUCGCCAUUCUCCGGAAGCAGAUUGACGCCGCAAGUUUGCACUUUUCCAACGUUGAGAAGAACUACCUCAACAUCGAAAACCUUUUCCUGAAGGCCAAGGUGGACCUGCACCAGGCCCUCGAACGGAAGGAGAUGCUCACGGAGCACCUUUGCACAAUCAUCUCCCACAACGAGGAACGCAAAGCCAAGCGACUGUCCGAGCUGAUGGAGAAGGUGGGACUGUCCGUCAACGGGGAUCUCACCACGGACGAGACUUUUGCCCACAGCGACGUGUCCUCGUCGCAGGUCACUUCUACGGCGGACUACUCGCCGAGACAGCAGUGAUUGUUGGUGGUAUCGAUCGCGCCGCCGAAUGUAACGUACUACUUUUUAACCACAACUGCCUUUACUUCCCCGCGUUCUGUGAGGCGAGAGAGAAAGAAAUUAAAUCGAAUCAACCAAAAAUAAGCGAAUUGUUCAAAACGUGUGAUGUGAUCCAGCGUGGGAAGGAAUGCGAAGGAAGAAUGUCUUGCAAUAUUUUACAAACUGUUUUUUACAACUCUCUUGCUCUUGUUUGUUUGUCCGAUAAUUUAAUCUAUGUUUAGACAAUGUUGAUGUUUCUUCUAAAAAGAUUAUGUAGUUCUAUUUUAAGUACUGACAUUACACUCCUCAAUACUAGUAUUCUCUUCUAUUUUCCUGUUAACUUUUGCACAAACUAUAAAACAAUAGAUUUAGGGAACAGCAGAAAGGAAAACUUCCGGAAUACAAAUUAAUGUUAGACUCAUUACAGCCUUAUUCGGUGCCGAAUUGAUAUUCUACAGAGCAAAUACAAAUAUUUAAUCAAUGCGAACAAUUUUAGAUCUUGAUAUAAGCGGAAGCAAAAAUGCAUUUUAUAUUACUAAUAAUUUUCCAGCAUUUUUAUACCCAAU